AACAAUCGCUCUUUCCUCUUUACUGUCAGGAACGUUCCUCAUCGAGAUUCUGACGCACUGCAUCUCCUCACUUGGAAAUAUCGAUACAGCUCGAGGCUUUGAAGGAGUCAGAGUGAUGAAGAGAAUACUACGCUUCAUCCAAGAGCUGCAGCAGCCAGCAGCCGCUUCGUCUGUGCCAAUUGAAGAAAGCGAAAGGUCAUAACGCCGUACACGAACGUCGGUACACAGCGAGCAGCUACUUGGAAUCCCUCCGGCGCUCUCAGUCUGAUGGCUUUCUGAACAGAGGCGUCCCGUUUACGGAAAGAGGAAUAGAUGUUUAGACAGCGAUGACUCAGAGAAAUUAAACACGAAGGAGACGAAUAGAUACUCCAAAUCUGACAAGCCAAAGCUCAACGUUCAACGUCCAGUCUUUCGAUGCGUUACAUCGUAAUCCACUAAUCAUCGCAAAACCCUCCACGCAUUGCCAUUCGUACUGAGAAGAUGGAAAGCGAAGGAUCUGCCGGAAUCCCUUUCAGCAGAGAUCCCUGACACGGCCUCGCAUUUACCAUACUUAUGAAACUCGCUACGAGUGGAGUAGAGGGUAUGCUACAUAACUGUCUCUUCCUCAUCCCAACGAUCCAAAAUACAACUCGGUGACGACCAAACGAUACGAACUUCAACCCGCUAGUAUUGUUAACCUCGUUAUCACUCAGCUUACUUCUUCUGGGCUCCUGGAUUGAGCGACAUCAAGGAGACACGCAGGGCGCUGGUUGCCGAUGGCGAGGAACAAUUCUACGGUCUGGAUGAUGACUGUAUAAUCUAUGAUUGGCAUUCGGAUGCAAAGGCAUCUCAUAUUUUGUACCACCAUUCAUGCCUCCUGCGUCACCACAGUCAUUUAUCUGCAUCAACCGGCAUUGUGUUCUCUCGCAAAAACGACUGGCUACACACUUAUACCUGCUGCUGCAGCCGGCGCGAUACAGAUGACAGCGUUACUUACCACCGAUGUGGCGUACACGGCAGUACCUGUCGUGCUAAUAUUUUCGAAAACGGUUGCAGAGCGGUCGGUCGUCUUCCAGUUCUUCGAACGAGGAAGAAGACUGUUGUUGCUCAUAACGGGCCAUAUUGGUCUGAACCAUUACCUACACCGCUUCAACGUGGUUGACUCCCCCACAUGCCCGUGCUGCAAAACAUCCCUAGAGACGGUUGCCCACUUUCUUCUACACUGCCCAACCCACGCCAAGGCCAGAGACCGAGGACGAACGAGACUAGGACGGCACGACAUCGACAUCAGAUUCCUCUUAACGACCAAAAAAGGAGUACGAGAAACCAUCCGAUAUGUGAACGAGACGAGGCGAUUACAUUCAGUAUUUGGACUGAUACCGGAACUACCGAUGGAAGGGGAGAUCGACCCAUAAAGACCGAAGGGACAGAACAGGAACCAUGUACUACCACCCGCCAACUUUGACCUACCUGCUAAGACCCACCAGUCGAGGCUCCAACGCUUACACGCGUUGACCGAUCCACCCUAGGUGGACACAACCCAUGCGGCGUAACACACAGAGAGACAGGACACACUACGGGUUAGAUUCAAUGUCAAGUACACGCUACAUAUGUAUGUACUUACAUAGGGCGUAU